AUGGAAAUUUCAUUGAAAGUACAAUUCAUUAAAACAUUUAAACCAUUUAUUAAGUCUAUUCCAACAAACAUAAUUGAACCAAUUAAAAAGAAUGGUUAUUGUUUUCAUAUUUGUGAUGACCCUCUUUCUAUUUUAGGAAAUGACCAAUCAUUUGGUAUGACUUCAUUUAGUACUUAUCCUAUCAUUGAUGGAAUCAAACAAGGAGAACCAAAUUGCGACCGUAUUGGUUUAAUUCGUUUUUCAAAAUCAACUGUUAUGAUAAUAGCAGAUGGAUGUGGUUGGGGUAUUCAACCUCACCAAGCAUCUUUAAUAGCAGUUCGUUCAAUAAUGGAAACUAUUGUUGAUGAGAUUGAAACAUGUCAAUCAUCAAAAGACAUUGCAAGUAUGUUAGUUGAUAGUGCCUAUAACGCUCAUAUUGAUAUUUUAAAGAAGUCAACUAAAAUAAAAGGAAUUGGUUCAACAACUAUACUCAUUGCUUGUUUGUUUUCUACAAAAGAUUUAAAUCAACAGUUAAUUGUUCUUUCUAUUGGAGAUUCUCAAUGUUUUAUAUAUAAUGAUAAACAUCAAAAUUGUGUAGCUUUAAAUCCUAAAUGGUGUAGGUGUUUAUUAUCAACAAAAGAUAGCGGAGGAAGAAUUGGUUCUGCAGAUGGGAAUCACCCUGAUUUAAAAUCUUCAAUGUUAAAAAUAGUAAAUGUUUAUUCAGAUGAUAUAAUAUUAUUAACUUCCGAUGGUUUUUGUGAUAAUUUUCAGUCAUCAAAAACAUUAAUAUCAUUAGACUCUAUCAUAUCAUCUCGUAUUAUUUCAUCAGCAAAUAUGUCUGAUUUUAUUGAAAAUAUUUCUAAGUAUUUAAUUCAAACAACAGAUUUAGUUCGGCAAUUUCAUACAGAAAAUAAAAAUAAAAUGCGUCCAAUAAAUUUAACUGGAAAAUUAGAUCAUGCAUCAAUUGGUGCUUUUAGAGUUGAACCAAUAAAUUUAGAUUUAGGUCUUAUUAAUAUUUAUUGUCCAUCAAUUUUAAAAUCAUUAUAUCCAAAUUCUUUAGUUCAACGUAAAUCAGUUCGUUCAAGAAGUUAUAGUGAUAUAGAAGUAAAAGAAAAUGUUGAACAAAGUGUUUUAAAAGAAAAAAGUUCAAACUCAAGUUCUGGGGCAUUAACUCAUAGAGUUAGGAAUGGGUGUUGUCCAACUCCAUUAAUUUAUAGUGAUAAUUUUCCAUUGUUAUAUCCUCCUAAACUUAGAAAAGGAAAUAAUUUUUCUGAAACAACUUCUUGUAUUUCUCCUCCAAGAAAAUCUCCUGAUGUUCAUUCUACUGUUGUUGUUUCACCUGAACUCUCUUUUUCAUAUUCUCCACUUAUUGGAGAUGAUCAUUCUUCUCGUUCAUGUAGUUGCUUUACUAAGUUUUUCUUGAAAGAUUCUAAUUAA